AUGACAAAGAAUUGGGAACGUUUUUUUUUUAUUUCAUGUGAUCAGCACUGGUUGGUUUAUUUUAAUCUAUUAACAGCUAGUACAACAACAACAUCGACAACAACAGCUACUACACCUAUCAUGCAGUGUAUUUUACCGCAAAGUCAAACAACACCAGAAAAAUAUCUGUCUAAUCCUUGGCAUGGCAAAGGUUUUUGUGAACCUAAUCAAUACAAAUCAGCCAUUGAUCGUUGUGAAGGUGCACAUAAAUCAUCAAAACAAGAAUUUCAUCAUGCAAGCCGUAAAUUACAUCAAGCUAAACGAGCAGAAGAGAUUAUUAAAACAGAUUUAGGUGCGGCUGAUGAACAGAAGAAAAAAAUAAAAGAUAGUGUUCAUCAUUAUGAAUCUAAAACAGAAACAUGUAGAAGUACGUAUUCUAAAUUAAUGGAAGAUAUGAAAGCAGAACAACCAGGUUAUGAAGAAGAAAUGUUUAAAAUACUAUCUCGUACAGAUGAUUUUGAACGAGAACGUUUAAAUCAAUUUAAAUUAAUGUUUAAUGCUCUUCAAGAAGCAGUAUCGAUUGAAAAAGAUGCACGUCAUACGGAAAUGUCUGAUUUAUUUAAUAAAGCAAUUGGUAAACAUAAUAUCAAUAGUGAUAUUGAAUAUUUUAAUAAACAUUAUGGCCGUGAAACAAAAACCAAAUGGCCAGUUUUUGAAGAUGUGCAUGAAUAA